AUGACAUGUAGUUUGAACUUGAAGCACUCUGGGCCUGCGCAAGGAAUGCAGACGUUCGCGUGCAGAAAGGCUGUUUUUGUGCUCAGUAUAGUCUGCUGGCUUGGCUGCAUCUCAGGGUCUGCUGUAUUGCUGGAGGCGUUUUCCCUGGACAAGUACGACUGGAUACUGAACACAGCAAAUGAAGUGUGUGUAAUAGACGGGGAAAAAAAGAUCUCUGAGGAAGAGCUGGACUUGAAGCUCAGCUUUCUGUACUCGAUCUACAUAGAGUCCAAGUCUGAGCCGCUUAGCAGCCCGGUCAGCGCCGAGUCCACACGCUUCCUGGCAAGCCAUCUGGAAAAGGUCAAGAGAGUCCACAUAAAAAGCUCGUCUCUGCUCACAAAAGAAGCUAUUAUGGCGCUGCCACAAUUUGUGGCUCUGGAAAAGCUCGUUGUAAAAACCAGCGCCAGCGACAAAAGCCUCAUAUCUGCAGAUCUUUCGUCGAUUUCAGACUGCAGGUCUCUAAUAAACCUCACGCUAGACAUGGAGUUCUGCCACUUGCGCGCGGACCUGUGCUUACUUCUGCCAAAGCUGGAGACUCUUUUUUUCCGAUGCAGGCGCUUCCAGCACGGGAUCGAGCUGCUAGACACGUAUCGCCUAAACGUGAUUGAGAUACACACCGAAAAGCUAGAAAGGUUUGAAAUCAGCCACUCAGACCCGAAAAAGGCGCCCCGAAUUGUGCACGCCAAAGUGUGCACAAACUAUAUGGGAAACAUCCCCCUGUUUGCUGCAGUAAACCCUUUUUUCUACCUGGAGAUGCUGAGCCUGGACUCAACCCCAUUCAAAGCAACCGAGCAUACCAGAGUGGAAGACAGCGGAAUUCUUCCAGGCACAGACUCGUACACAAACAGAAUACUGGCAGAAAAAGUGUUCGCGAACGGGCAGAAACUCUACUGCUAUGGCAAGCGCAUGCCCACCUGGGACUUCUUCCUGGCGCACGCAGCCAACGAACACGCAGGCAAGAAUCUGUCUUUUUCAACCUAUACAAGCCCCGAAGACAAAAACACAAUCACACUUCCCGCGCCCUCCCAGAACAAAAAGCACGCAUACGCCCUCACUAAAAACAACAUCGACGAAGUUUGUGAGUUUAUGCAUGCUGUCACAAUAGAAAAAGCCAGCGUCUGUCUGGGAAAAACCCUAUUUGACAUUUCUUCGCCUGAGAACAAGCCCCUAAGAAAAAAAGACUGGGCACACAUCGUGCCCUUUCUGCACACCAUUUCCAUUUCCUACAGCGGCAGCACGCUCACGAUUCCGAAGUGUUUCUACAAGCUAUACAUGCUUGAUACCAUUACAGUUAAAAACAGCUGCCUGCCUAACAUUCUCCCCAGCCUCGUGGCCAUGCCUGCGCUCCGAAACAUUUCUAUUAUAAACUGCGUGUUUGACCAUGCAAACAGCCACCAGCUCUUCCAGUAUGUUGCAUACAUAAGCGUGCUCGACCGGCUGAAAGUCCUGACGCUGGCACAGAACCAGAGCGGGCAGGAGGCGUUAAACAGCCAAUACAAAACACUGCUUGCCUGCUUGGUCAUUCUGUGCAUCCCCACAGGCCUCUAUUUUGUAUCUAUCAUUUACUACAAAAAGCAGCAGCGAGAGUCCGUAAACCGGAGGCCGCGCCCAGAAAUCCGCAAAAUUUUGAGUGUAAAAUCGUCUCCAUCCUGUGCUUAG